AUGGCUCCCUUUGACCGUGAGGAGCCCCUCUGCCCCAGUGGGUGGUCUCUGAGCUCGCCACCCCCGUGCCUUCCCGCGCCGCCUCUGAGCCCCGGGGCGGUGCUGGGCCCCGCGGAGGACACCGGCCCGGCCUGGACGUGCGGCACAGGGCCGAGUGCGGACACUUGGGAAAGCCCUGCGCGUGACCGAGGGGCCGGGGACCGGGACACGACGUCCCCCAGAGACAGCGGCGGCCUCCCUGCCAUCCCCGCCGUCAUCAUCACCGACCUGGGCGCCCAGGAGGACGGCGCCUCGGAGGAGCCCCAGGGGAGCUCCCGCGGCAGCCUGCCCCUGAGGAAGCUGUCCUCUUCCUCUGCCUCCUCCACCGGCUUCUCCUCCUCCUAUGAGGACUCAGAGGAGGACAUCUCCAGUGACCCCGAACGCACCCUGGACCCCAACGCAGCCUUCCUGCACACCCUGGACCAGCAGAAGCCAAGAGUGAGCAAGUCAUGGAGGAAAAUCAAAAACAUGGUGCACUGGUCCCCCUUUGUCAUGUCCUUCAAGAAGAAGUACCCGUGGAUCCAGCUGGCCGGACACGCAGGGAGCUUCAAGGCCGCCGCCAACGGUCAGAUCCUGAAGAAACACUGUGAGUCGGAGCAGCGCUGCCUGGACCGGCUGAUGGUGGACGUGCUGAGACCCUUCGUGCCUGCUUACCACGGGGACGUGGUCAAGGACGGGGAGCGCUACAACCAGAUGGAGGACCUGCUGGCCGACUUCGACACGCCGUGCGUGAUGGACUGCAAGAUGGGCGUCAGGACGUACCUGGAGGAGGAGCUCAGCAAGGCCCGGAAGAAGCCCAGCCUACGGAAGGACAUGUACCAGAAGAUGGUGGAGGUGGACCCCGAGGCCCCCACCGAGGAGGAGAAGGCGCAGCGGGCGGUGACCAAACCCCGCUACAUGCAGUGGAGGGAGACCAUCAGCUCCACCGCCACCCUGGGCUUCCGGAUCGAGGGCAUCAAGAAGGAGGAUGGCUCUGUGAACCGCGACUUCAAGAAGACCAAAACCAAGGAGCAGGUCACGGAGGCGUUCCGGGAGUUCACGCAAGGGGACCACCGCAUCCUGGUCGCCUACCGGGACCGGCUGAAGGCCAUUCGAGCAACCCUGGAAAUCUCCCCCUUCUUCAAGUGCCACGAGGUCAUCGGCAGCUCCCUGCUCUUCAUCCACGACAAGAAGGGGCAGGCGAAGGUGUGGAUGAUCGACUUCGGGAAGACCACGCCGCUGCCCGAGGGCCAGACCCUGCGGCACGACGUGCCCUGGCAGGAGGGAAACCGGGAGGACGGCUACCUCUCGGGACUCAACAACCUCAUCGACAUCCUGUCUGAAAUGUGCCGGGCUGGCCCGCCCUCCUGAGGCCGCCCCCUCCGCCCGUGGCCCCGCCCCCUCCGCCCUCCACCUCUACUCACCCCGCCCAGGCCCGGACCCACCCGAACUGCACUACCAGACACUUUGUUGAAGAGGAGAGAGAUUUUCUUGUUCUUUCUCUAACAGGGAGCUUGGAGGUGAUGUUUCCUCUUCCUCUCUUUGUAAAUAGAACCACCUUCUAGAAGAGACGCUGAAGCCCAGGGUCAGCAUCAUCCUGCUCAGAGCUGGAGGGAGCGGGGGAGGGGGGGGAGGCUGAGGAGGCCGCAGACGCCCGGGCCCUGCAGACCACGGGUGGAGGCUGCUGCCCCUGCGUGCCCAGUGUGAGCCGCACAGUUGCUGCCUCCCAACCGGGAGGCAUCCCUGUUGGCCAGCAGCAUCCUGGGCUUCUUCCAGAAACUCAGAGUUGUCCUGCGGGGACGGCUAAGCCAGGACCCCGGCCCUGCCGACCCUCCAGCCCCAGCCACCUGGUAUUAAACCUCCACCUUCAGGCCGACUCAGAUUCCAGGCACUUGUGCAGGCCAGCCUGGCUGGGUGCUGUGGCCCCGGCCCUGGGGGCAGGACCCCAGCCUGUCUGGAGCGUCUGCCCAGACACCACGGGGCUCUGGCCGAGCCGGGCUGAGGGGUGCUUUCCACCGGCCUCACUCACGCCCCCAUUCUCGUGAUGAGGCCUGUGGCCUGCUCAGGAUGCGGCUCUAGGACCCAUCCCAUCUGGCAGGAUGCCGGUCCCCCAUCGCCCCGCACCCCAGCUGCUAAGUGGCCAGGCUUUACGCCAGGGCCUUGGCGGGGGCCAGGUCUCUAGCUGUUGUGGGGCUGGGGCCGGUCCAGGCCAGCACUAGCUGGAAGGAAUCAGAAUUCUGUCUUCUGGCACCAUUUCUGAGUCUCCCCAGAAUAUACCCAAGAGCUUAGAUCCCAAGUUCCCCGUCGUCUUGGGUGGGGCUGGGGGUGGCUGGCGUGCCCGGCCUCCCUCUCUGGAGUCUGUGGGCCGGUCCCUUGCCUGUCAGCUGUAAAGCAGGCCUUGCUGAGCGGGUGGCGGAGGCUCCGAGCCCGGG